UUGGCCAGAGUACUGAGGUAAAGACUAUCAUGCGCAGAUUGGAAUGAGAUGGGAACUUUUGCCUUUGCAAUUAAAGAAUGCAACAAACAGGUAGCCUGUGACCGGACUUCACAGGACUACAGUUAACAACAUAUCAACUUUCCUUAUAAUGCUACUUGGUCACUACGUUCUUGGGUUGCGCGCGCGUUAUUCUGACCUGAGGCGUUUGAUGGACACUGGGGACGAUCCUUCUUCUUUCUAACAAAAAUACUUUCUACCUUAUGAUACAAAUUCAAUACAGUGAACGUGAGUGACUAAAUAUAGUCAAGUGUUUAUCCAAAAGUGAAGCAAUUAUGUUUCUCAGAUGCGCCAGGUGUCAGGUAAUGAAGCGCGAUGCUGAGCGUUGGUGUGCACUGAUGAGAACGGUUAGAUUGUGAGUGUCGUGCCUCGAGACAUUUAACGGUGAAAAAAGUAAGUUUCUCCCAAUUUCAACAAUGUUUUCGGGGAACGUGAGCAGCGAAGACCUGUUCACUUUACUGCACGAGGACUGGCGCGACUCUCCGGUGGAGACGCUCUCUCGUGCGGGAUUCAUCGCCCUGUCAGUGAUGCUCGGAUUCAUUAUGACUUUUGGGUUCUUCAAUAACCUGAUCGUUUUAAUCCUCUUCUGCAAGUUUAAAAUGCUUCGGACCCCAGUGAACAUGCUUCUUUUGAACAUUAGCGUCAGCGACAUGCUCGUGUGCGUGUUUGGCACGAGCCUGAGCUUCGCAUCCAGUUUGCGGGGACGGUGGCUGCUUGGGCGGCGCGGGUGCAUGUGGUACGGAUUCAUCAACUCCUGCUUCGGCAUCGUGUCUUUGAUUUCCUUGGUGGUUCUGUCCUACGACCGCUACAGCACAUUAACAGUGUACCAUAAACAUGGCCCAGAUUAUCGCAAACCUCUGCUGGCAGUAGGGGGGUCCUGGUUAUACUCUUUGAUCUGGACUGUGCCCCCUCUUCUGGGAUGGAGUAGUUAUGGGUUAGAAGGAGCAGGAACCAGCUGUUCUGUGUCGUGGACCCAGCGCUCGGCCCAGUCACAUGCCUACAUCAUAUGCCUUUUUAUAUUCUGCUUGGGUCUACCAGUGCUCAUCAUGGUCUACUGCUAUGGAAGACUGCUAUAUGCUGUCAAACAGGUCAGGAAAAAUCGCAGGACGGCAGCCCGUAAAAGGGAGUAUCAUGUUUUGUUUAUGGUCAUCGCCACCGUGGUGUGCUAUCUCCUGUGCUGGAUGCCAUACGGGAUUGUGGCCCUGAUGGCUACGUUCGGCCGGCCAGGAACCAUCUCACCUGUGGCCAGCGUGGUUCCCUCUCUCCUCGCCAAAAGCAGUACAGUUAUUAACCCUCUAAUAUACAUCCUCAUGAACAAACAGUUUUACAGGUGUUUCCUGCUCAUGUUUUGCUGUCAGAAACCACAAGUUGAGAACGGUCACUCCAUCAUGCCCUCAAAAACCACAGUCAUCCAGCUUCGCAGAGUCUAUAGCAACACAGUAGCCUGCACCGCACCGAUCUCCACUGGAGCCCACAACCAUGAGUGCAGCACCCCUGUUACAGAGAAAACCAAUCCACCCCAGGUCAUCACCUAACUAUCACAAACCAGCUGUCAAAUACCGUCACUGUAUGAUCUCUGCUGUCAUGAUGUUGAGAAAACUCAUGAACAGGAUGGACAAUGGUUGACAUUAUUGUGUUUUAAUGAAUGUACUGUAGCUGUUAAAUCUCAUUCACUGUGUGUGUGUCUUGACAGUAUUGACAAAUUCUCUGAGUUUUUAAUCAGUGAGUUGUUUACUUUAAUUAUGCUACUUUAUUUCUUUUGAGCUAGGAUGUGCAGUGAAAGCACAAACCGUGAACAUGUAUAUCUGCAAUGCACUUUGGAUAAAGACGCCUGAUGAAUGCUUCAAUGUUAACGGUUAAUUUUAUAUUGAGUGGAUUUCAAAAAGCGUUUCAUGAUGAACCACAAUUGGAAAAGAAAGCAAUGCUAAUUUAAAAAGUUAAUUUAAGGUCAAGUGCAUUGUCAAGAAUAAUUAUGCUGUUCAGAGUGUUAUAGAAAAAAAUCACAUCUUUUGUAUUUUAGCAGCACUUCAAAGUUCUCCACUGGAACACACUUAAGUCUCUCAUAAAUUUUAAUAUCCAAUUGAAAGCAAACUGAACAAAUAAGAAAACUGUACCUAACAUUGUAACUAUUAGGGCUGCAACUAACGAUUAUUUUCAUAAUUGAUUAAUCAGGGGAUAUUUUAUUCGAUUAAUUAGAUAAAAACCUUCAUAUUUAUUCAAUUAGAUUUUUUACUUAUUAUUGCCAAAUAAGGCACACAAUUAGGUAGGGAUGCACCGAUACCACUUUUUUGGAAUAUGAGUACGAGUACGAGUAGGCCUACUUGUAUUUCAGUACUUGCCGAUGCCGAUACAGAGUACUUAAUUAAAAAACAUGAUUUAAAUUUACAGGUAACCGCUUUAGUCAUAUAAUUUAAGUUUUCAAGUUUGUUGUAAACUCUGCCUCUUUGGACAACACGAGGCAUUAACCCAUUACACGCCGCUCAAACAUAGGCAUUUCUCAAACCGUGGUAUCGACUCCAGGUAUCGGGGGACUUUAGAAAAUGUGGUAUCGAGGCCGAUACCAGUAUCAGUAUCGGUGCAUCCCUACAAUUAGGGUACUCACAUAAUUGUCGAUUAUUCACCUUGAUAUGGUAAUUAUGAUUAUUAUGGUCUUAGUUUUUACGUAGAGGUUUUGAAAUGUUUUAUGACUUUCUGUGAAGCAGCUGCAAAUGAUGUACAUCCAAAACUAAAUAAUAUCAUUAAAAUCACAAAUAAUUAUGGGAGUUUUGUUGUUAGUAAAAAUGAAUGGCUUGACGAUUUUGAAAUCUCUGAUUCAGCGCUGUAUUUGGUCUCCAAACAUACUGCCGUGAUUUAUGUUAUCGUUUUAGUUUUUUAAUUAAUUGUGCAGCCCUAUGUUGAAGUAUAAUUCAAAAGUGCAAAAGCCACAUACUAUACAGUGUUUUACUAAUAUAAUCUUUCUGAUUUAAAGCCCUAAAUUAAAAAGAUUGUGCAGCUUUUAAAUAGUAAUACGUCUUUAAAUGUAAAAAAUAAAUAGUUGUAAUCUUCAGUGAUGUGCUGGUGAGGACAUUUUGCCACGGAUUAAAUAAACCAAUUUUAAUCUUCAACUAUAGACCUUACUAAGCAUUAAAUAAAAAAUUCACUGUUAAAAAAAAUUAAUGUUGAUUAUUAUCAAUUUUAUUGACUCGUUGUUGCAGCCCUAGUAACGAUUCAAAAAAAAAGAAAAGGAAAAUGUAGGCAAAUAAAAACAUAUCACGCGUGUCAUCAGACAUUUCUGUGUAAGAAAUAUAAGUUAACUAUAAGAAAUACAGGUUAACAAAACAUCCCAGUGAUGCAAAAACGAACCGUGUUGGGGUUAAAUCAGAAAACAAAUGUGUUUUUAUCACCUUAACACCUGCGUUAAUUUGUCAUGACAAAAAAUCUCUUAUCAGCCAUAUGAUUUUGUGUAUCACAUCAAAUUUGCAUAAUUGCAAAAAAGUAGGAGUUGUGCAACAAAUGUAAUUUGUUCCAUUAUUCGCCAUUUCUGUUUUAUGUGUUGAGUUACAUGACUGUCUAAACAACUUAAGUAUAGAGACCUGUUGUAUAAUAGCAUAGAAACCAUUAUACUUAUGUACUCCAGCGCACCGCACAGCUGUGAAGAUGAAAGCUUUAUAUUUACUGCACUGUACCUGAAACUCUGUGUCUAUAGAUCCAUUCAUCCUAACAGACCACCUGGUGCAUUAUACAAAGAUUCAAUUGGAAAUAUAAUUUUGUUUUUCUCUGAAGUGAGGUUUCAAGGACUCUCUGGUGAAACUGCUCAAGGUUGUGAACAAUUGACUGUAUGAAAGGGAAGUGUAUAAUGAUGUGCCAAACAUGCAAAGAAGAUUAUUUUUGUGUCCGUGUAUUAAUUUGUAAAAGUGGAAAAAAGCCCAUUUGUAAUUGUAUUGACAUUACAAGAAUACAAUCUGCCUGUCAGUUUGUUAACAGUAUUUCUGCAUAUUUGUUUCGUUCAAAUAAACAUGCAAGCUAACCUACAGGAGCACCGAUUGAUCUCCAAAGCACCAUUGUGUCAGUAAUGUUUGUGUUUUUUUUUAUAAAUGAGGAAGCAUGUUUGUAAUUGUGACCCUGAACCCACAAAACCAGGCAUAAGGGUCUAAAAAGAAAAGAAAGAGUUUUUGUUACGAAAUGACAAUAAUCUGAGGGUGCAAAAAAAUUAUAAUUGAGAAAUUAAAGUUGCCCAAAUGAAGUCCUGCCUCCACUCACAAAAAAACUGAUUUAUUUAAAAGUAGGAAAUGUACAACGUAUCUUCAUAGACCAUGAUCUUUACAUAUUGUAAUGAUUUUUGGCAUAAAAGACCAUAUAAUGUAUUGUUGGCUAUAUAGAUAGACUUUUUUAACAUUUUAAAGACAAUUUUUAACUACUUUUCCACUGUACAAAACAACCAAGCUAUUUCACAUAAGAUUUAUCAUGCAUUACCAUAGUAACAGGGUACAUUUGCAUUGCAUCUGAGUUUGCAAUAAGCCCGGAUAUCCUAGGAUUAAAUGUGUUGUGUAUAAAAGAAUCUGCUGAAGGCCUAAAUGUAAACAUUGAACACCUGUUCAAUAAAAACCUGAAGCAAUGUCAACAAAGCAGAGGUCUUAAGAGAUAAAAGGUGGGCAGAGUACUUUUGCUAGAAGCCAUAGGCAGCAUAAAAAGAGAAAAUGUAUUAAAUUCCCUAUGGUCAGAUUACUCUUACAAUAGUACCCUUGGAAAAUGGUUGGUUUAUUUCUAAUUCAAAGCUGCAACAAUAAAUAAAUAAAACUCAUAGUAGUACUGAAGUAAUAGUAGUUAUAUUCCAGUGCCCGGCUGCAUAAAAGUGCUUAAGCUAAGAAAACCCUUAGAUCUAAGGUGAGGGGUACCCUUAAUAAAAAUAAAAAAAUUUGUUGCAAGAAAAAAAUCCAAGUGUUCACUUAGCUGUCAAUAAGUAUUUACUCUUAACUCUUUCACCGCCAGCGUUUUUAAAAAAAGUUGCCACCCAGCACCAGCAUUUUUCAUGAUUUUCACAAAAGUUUAAUGCCUUCCGGAAAAUAUGCUUCUUUAAAUAUAUAAACAAACAAUAUAUCAAAUGAAAGAACAGACCCUCUGCUUUCAAACAAAAAACUUUCAUCCUACCUUUAUUAGUUCUCUUUUUAUCAGCUCUCAAAUAUGGGUAAGUUUCUUCAAAAACACCCAAUAUUGAACAAAAAGCUGAGAUAAUUCAAUUUUUGUGAAGGACUUUUGAUCGAGAUCAGAUGCAGAGCGAUCUUUACAACAUACAAGGAGUUCUCUCUUUUUCAUGUGAGGCGCUUCUUCCGCAUUGUAUAAGUUGCAGACGUGCGCCACCUAGUGGAUAAUAGCUGUAUUGCGGAAAGCCGGAAAUUCUCGUCAUUGGCAGAGAAGCGUUUCUCUUAUGUGACGAGUUCUCGUCAAUGGCGGGGAAAGAGUUAACUAGUAGUUGUUCAGUUCGGUUAUGUACACACUAUGCAGAGUUUCUGUAAAUGCGGUUGUCACUACCUGCAUUUUGCGGGAGUUAAUUUGGUUGUAGAAUGCUUUUGUCAGUCCCGUAAAUUACUGAACUGUGUGUGUACAGAUCAGAAUGAAGCAUUAAAAGGUGAAAUGACAACCGAAUUAAUAUGCAGUGUGUGUACAGGACCUAUUGCUGUGUUUUCACUCUAAAAAUGUCUGGGUUAUUUUGACCCAAAAUGGGUAAACUGAACACAUGCUGGGUUAAAAAUGACCCAAUGUUGGGUUGAUGUUAUGCAACCAUGGGGUAUAAUAACCCAACAGUUGGGUUAAAACAAUCCAGCACUUGGUCAAUUCUAACCCAGCGGUGUGUUCUGUCCAAUAUUUACCCAUUAUGGGUAAAAAAUAACCCAGACAUUUUUAGAGGGUUGGCAGAGACUACCGUAAAAUACUUUGUAUAAACACUUGGGUAAGGGUGACAGUUUUUUCUCCCUCAGGGAAACCCUCACUUAAGGAGUUUCAAGCAACCGGGACCUUCCGCAGCCAUACCGUAGUGUUGUGUGGGCAACAGACUGAGGUUCAUAUUAUAAAUAAAUCAAGACAGUAAUCUCUAACAAAGCUAAAAAAAGGUCAAACACCUUUAUGUCAACACACACUUUAUUUGAUUUAAUGGCUGCAGUGAAGGUCAGGAUUAUCACCAAACAUCAACUUAAAAUUCAAUCACACACAGUGCACUUUUAAAAAUAAUGAUUCCUACAAAGGUUAUUUUUCAGGCUGUGUGGUUCAAUAAAGAUCCUUCAGCUGAAUUGUGAAGUUACACAUCAAACAGGAUUAUUUAGGUGGGGUAAAAAGGGUGGCUUUCCCGCUAACGUACGUGAUUUCAGCCUCAAGAGUGGACAAGUCCCCAGCGAUUGAGAUUAAAUUAUUUUGCCCCCUUCUCCCCAAAAUUUAAAUCAAUUAUUUACUUUUUUUUAAUAUUUGUCUGGGUGGAAAUAACACAUUUUUCCAUGAUGUGGCAAACUAAAAAUACAUUUAAUACUUUAUUAAUUUAAAGCUCCACUGUGUACUUUUUUGAGUUAAUUCUUAGCAAAAACCCAUGUUUUCUUUCAAGAGUAUGUGCUCAUUCAUGUGUAAUUACUUCCCACCCACUAAUCAAAGUAUUCUCGUAAGUGUAGAAUCUGCUAUUUAAAAUACAUACCGCCGAAUCGCUCUCUGGCUGAAUCCAUGUUGUGCCUCCAUCUUUGAAAUACAUUCGCCGACGAGGGACAUUCCUGAAAUUCAAGCUCCGCCUUUCGCGCUUUCAGACUACACUCACGCUGGCCGCUAGCUGAAGCCUCCGGAGGUUGCAUGUGUAGGCGGUAUAAGUCAUCAAGACAGUCUUAUUUCAGAAUAUUAACAAUUAUAAAGCUGACAAUUAUUCUUAGUUAAUUGUAAAUUGAUGUAAUAUGCUUAUGACUUGCGAAUGUAAUGCUCAGUUGAUUUAAAUAAACCAGGCUUGAUGACGUAUCCAGCCUGCGACCUGCGUAGCUGAAUCCUUCGGAUUUUACAACAGCCGCACACCGUGAUAAACUUGCAAUCUAAUGCUUUGAUUUGAAAGUCUGUUGAAGACACAUUCUCGAGGACAUUAAAACAAGUCGCCAAGGAAGCGAAACGGGGAUUUUAAACGACAACGUGACAGGAAAAACAUCAAGACCAAAGUCAAUAUUGGAGUUAGUUUUCCAAGAUGGGGCUCAAGGGACACUGAAAUUGCAACUUUAUAUCUUCUGCACAGGUAAUUCAGCAUAUUCGUUUACAUCGAUACAGUCUAUGUUGUAAACUUAAAGUUUUAUAGUUCCUUGGCUAACUUUAGCAUGGUUAUGCAGUUACUGUAAACACGCAUGUGGUUUAAUGUGUUCGAACAGCCACAUGCCGUCUCUCCGCCCAUUUAUGUAAUCUGAGUUACUGAGAAAAAUGUUUUUCAUCUUUUCUGACCUCUAGCACAAACACACGGUGACAGCCCUAUUUUUAGCCUUUCAUUGAUAAAACGCCGCUGAUCUGCACGUCGUUCGUUUCAUUUUACAAGCGUGUGAAAGUUGAGCGAUCUUAUUUCACCAAUAUGAGAGAAAGCUCUUACAUAUACACGGACAUGUAACGUUAACAUAAAACAUAAGCAUUGGACUCUGACAUAAUAUUAGUUUGCGUCCAUUUCAACCCGUCAUUACUCCGGCUCAUGAUUAAAUGACAGGAUAGGGAAUCGUCCACAGACCAUCCCCUCAGUAAUCUCGAGAGAAGCGGUCAAAAAUGGACAAAAAGAGACGGAUUUAAACACGAAGUGUAAACGUAAUGUGUCUCUCUCGUCCACUUGUGAUCUGAUCGACGAAAACACAUCUUAAUACCAAGUUUAACAGCCCUUGUGAUAUUUUUCCUCGCGUCGAUGAAAAAGGAGUGUCUAAGCUACGUUUAUGGUUGCUUUUUGUAUGUGAUUUUAAGCGGACAUAUCAUGACAAUCAGACUUUUUCCAUGUUAAACAUAAAUCUGUGUGCUUUGAUGGAUCACAGGCAAAGGACAUUGCAAAUUGUUCAUUUUUUUCUCAUUGCUUUUGCUUUGUAGCUACUGGAAGCCAUGUUAACCUUGGCAUGACACGGCCGGGCCACCGUACGAGUUAAAACGCAUUCUGAAUGGGGGGGGGUUAGAAAGUAAUAUUCAGUUGGUUGUCAUACAGACUUUCACCGCUAGAUGGGAGUAGAUCUUACACAGUGGAGCUUUAAAGCUAUUGAAUUUAUUUAAAAAAAGCUAAUACAUAAAUCGCAUUUCUCUCUAAUUGUGUAUAAGAUCAUAAUCAUUUUGUUGGUGCUUAAUAUGUAAGAUUAUUCUGGGCUUCAUUUCAAAAUGAAAACAUGGAGGGUCCAUCUGUCUCUCUGUGUGCAACAGAUGCCCCACAACCUCCAAGUAAAGCAGCCAAAGUCAUACCUACUGUACAACCUCAUCAUGACAUCUCAAUCCCCUGCAGGUCACUGUCUACACUCAGGUUCACAUCAAACAAUUUUAAGUCCACUUGACCAUUAAGAUCAAUGUUCAAGCAUCUCUCUCAAAUAUAUUUGUGUCCUGGAUGCAACUGGUAUGAAAUCAAUCUAAGCCUGCAGAAAUGUAUCAAUAUUGUCGAUUUGUAAGUGCCAUUGAAAUAUUAUCAUGCUUAAACAUCAAAUUCUUUAUUUAAAACAUCAUGUGUUUUUUAUUGUUGGGAUCGGUUUCUGUUUUGUGCCACGAGUACUGCAAACUUUGCAUGCA